GAUUCGUUCGUGGCUCUCAAUGAGCAUCAGCGCAGGCAGCAGGGUGUGAGCGAUAUUACCCAGAAUGCUGCAUGCGGCCUCCUCACCACCGUCCCUCCUCUGGCCCCCGGGGGCCCGCUGCUCCGGGGCCGCAUGGUCAAGCCGAAGGAGGCCGUUCCCUCAGAGACGCAGCAGGAGAGCGCCGGGGUGAUCCAUGAGACGUUCCACCGAGACCGCGAUCAGAUGGUUCCCGUCACGCUCCUGGCCAUCGCUGUCAUCCUCGCCUUCGUCAUGGGCGCCAUCUUCUCCGGCAUCGUGGUCUACUGCGUGUGUGACCACCACCGCCGGCGGGACUUCGAGCUGCCCGGCCGCAAAGAUAAGGACUCGGUUCAGUCCAGACGAGGCUCCAUGAACAGCGUCACCAAGCUGACGGGGCUCUUCGAGACGCAAGCCAAGGACGGACGGACAGAAGCCAUUCUGACCCCGCUCAUGCACAACGGCCGCUUGGCCAACGGCAAGAUGCUCAUCAAAGCUGACCAGCACUUGGAUCUGACCGCUCUGCCCACGCCCGAGUCCACGCCCAUGCAGCCGCGGCGCAAGCCCAGCCGAGGCAGCCGCGAGUGGGAGCGCAACCAGAACCUGAUCAACGCCUGCACCAAAGACUUGCCCUCCAUGGGCUCUGUGGUCAUCCCGACGGAUUUGCCUCUGCGGGCGUCUCCGGGCCACAUCCCAAGCGUGGUGGUGCUGCCUUUGCCCCAACACCAGCAUGAGUAUGUAGAGCAACCGCACCGCGGAGAGCUCGCCAUUGACCAGGCCGCCACGCUGGAGUACAAGUCCCUCAAGAGCCCAAGCUUGGCGGAUGGCGAGAGAGCGCCUCCAAGAGUCCCCCAGCGAGAGGCGUCUCUAGGAACCAUGGUUCCUCAGAUGGGCAAGAGGCUGGACGUGCAUUCGUCUGUAUACGGCCGUGGCUAUCCCAUGAGCUCGGGCCUCAAGAAACAGCACAACACCAACUCGUCCAACUCAUCCCACAUGUCCAGGAACCACAGCUUCCGGUUGGAGACGCCUCCUCCGCCCGCUCCACAGCGGGUGGACUCCAUGCACGUCACCUCUCCGCCGCCGAUCCUCGGUCUGUCGCGCCAUCCCAGCCUGAGCUCAUACGGCUCUCUCCCCAGGCAUCUCAAGCCUGAUGUUCCUCCUAAACCGAAUCUGAUGUCCCUUUCCACAAAAGCCAAGUCCGGAGACUCCUGCACAUAAUCGAGCGCAGCGGGAUGAAAGACGGGGAACGUGAAAGUGCGUCUGCUUUGUACAGCUGUGUACAGGAAAUGCAACUCACUUUUCUUUAUUUUGUUUUGUAUAUUUUGUAAUACAUGUCGAGCUCAGGCUGAUGCGUCUCUGUUCCCGGAAAAAGGAGGAACUCCGGCUGGGAAGGUGCCGCAUUGUUGCCAAAAGCACACCGGAGACGGGCGCGGAAGCUACGAGAGACGCCACGGAUAUCUUGGACGCACAGAUGGGAAUAGAAGCUGGAGUUUACAAUGGAAAACUGUGAAAAGCCGUCGCCUGGACAAAGCAAUCGAGUUCUGCAUUCGCGCAAGAGUUCAACACGUCUACUAAAAACGUGACUGUUAAUACUAAUCGCAGGUUGUAUUUAUUUUUUAAUAAAGUGCUUUUGCAGAGAGAGCGUCUCGUUUAGGCUCGACUGAGAUGGGAAUGAUCGUUUUAGUUUGAAUUAAUCUAUUUAAAGUCAUUAAACUGGAGCCAGUACUUCUGUCCACUAACUCUUGCUAAGCAAAGUCAGAGACGACUCUGGAAGCCUCCGUACGGAAGGAAUAUUCCUCGAGCCGUGCCAGAGGGACUUGUGGGUAGAGAUUACAGCCCACAGGUUGACAGGAGCUCCUCAAUCUCACCUCUUCGUAGAAAGUCCAUCCGAGUGCCAUUCUCGCCGCACUUGAGACGCUUUCAGACGUACGGUUUCCUCUCGUUCAUGUCCAAACAAGCCUGUUUUUCUCCUUCCACCUGUAAAUGUGUGCCUUACACCCCUGAGUAGUGAAGCGUUUGUUAGCUGUUAACUGUCGUAGUUCUUAUGAUGGCAUUUGUUUCCCUCGUUUGAUUAUAAAAAAACAAAAAAACACGUAAUUGAAGAAUGUAGGUGUUGUCGACUCUGCUCCCUUUGCUAACCACAAAUGACUUUGUGCUUGAUUUCUGAUUGUGCCAAUGAAUCGUCGGAGUCGUGCUGGAAGAAUGUUUGAUUUUGUUUUCCUUUGUCCUUUUUUACUUUUCACAAAGUCAAGAUGAUGUUUUACACUGUUUGUAGAUGACUUGUUGUGUGUGUAUCUGUCGAGGCAAUAAGAGAAAACCACACGAACGAAUGACGUUUCUCCCAAACACACACACACACACACAAGCUUUCUAAUGUACACAAUCAAACAGUUUUUAGGCAGUGAAUACAGGCUGGCUCCUGUGUAGAUAUGCACUCCGAUAAUAUUAGGAAACAGAUUAAUGUUUUCAAUGUUUGUGACAGAUUCCGAUUAAUAUAAUUUUCUAGCUCUAUGGUUGUGAUGUAAAAUGAGGGAUUGUUAUUUAACUAUUUUGACACGUUUUAUUGAACUUGACGUCCAGGAUUCUAGUUUUGGCAUUGUAGAUGUUGAAUUCACCCAACUCUCGGAGCGAACGGAGCUCGAGGUUCUUGUGCUGGUGCCUUUCUAGAUGCCUCUAGACUUUGGAAGUGGAGUUUGUACUCUUGUAUGAUAUGGUUUUGUCACCGGCCCUCUCCCACAUCUGAUUCACAGCUAAAUGUAUGUUGUAAAGAAAUCCUCUUUAAUAAAUGGAAAAAAGUAAUAAAAACAUUUCAGAUUCUUGUCACAGAGCUUGUGUUUU